CUUGCCUCACCGAGCUCCGAGCUGCUCGAGCUCCUGCCGAAGGGCGUGACGCCAUGGCGGGUGACGCCAUGGCGGCGCGGGAGGGCGUGCGGAAGAGCACCGUGGAAGCCAUCCACAUGCAUCAGUCAGUGGAUCCCUCGCGAUGGUGCGUGAGCCGUGCGGAUCUCCAGGCUUUGCAACGGCAGGUGGCCAACGCGAUCCAGGAGGGCUGGCUGCCUGGCAAGGAGUCCAGCAGUGACGAAAGCAGUCCAGACAGUCUGGAGGAGGAGGCGGAAGAGGAGGAGUUUGGCCCAAGCAUUUACACCGUGAACGAGCACUACAUCAAGCCUGUGACCUUGCGAGCUGGGAAGAUGAGCUGGGCGCUGAUGAUGCAUCCGGAGGGCUUAAACUGCGACGUUUUCGUCAGUCAUGCUUGGCAGGAAGGUAUUUUUGAGUUUCUCUACAAAGUCUUUUGGUCUUGGCCUCCACGAGCACGUCAUGCAUGGUGCUGUAUGCUGGCAAACCCUCAGCACUUGAACAUUGGGUCUAUGCUGCUAUCGCCCAAGACUUCGCCAUUUGCUCUUGCUUUGCAGGCUUCCCGAUAUGUUUUGGUUGUGCCAAACAGACAUCGAAGCGUCUACACUCGGCUUUGGUGCGGCUAUGAGGCGUAUGUCGCAGCAGAAAAAUCGAAGACCAUUCGCAUCGCCUGUCAACCUCAUUUGCACCGAGUACGUUGGAGCUUGGCUUUGACAUUGGUGCCUUUGUUCUUGGGCAUUUUCGUUGGUCUCUUUGGACUCUGGAAGGAGUUGGACAUGAGAUUUGGCGCGGUUGUGAUGUCAUUGGCAUCGCUUGCCAGUGCCAAUAUGAAACAAAACCGAUGCUGGAUGGUGUCCAACUACAUUGGUCUUUUUGCUUCAGCUUGUAUCGCCACCAUUUGGAUUCCGCUCCACAAGAAUGAUGUCUUGGAGCACUUCUUUGAAGUCAAAGCUCAGUUGGCCACGAUGUACGAGGCGGCACUGUGGUUCUCCGCCAUUUUGUUCUUCUUCUUUGCCGAGUUGGACCGGAUCAGAAGCAGAAACAUCACCAGUGAAGGUCAACAGCUGCGCAAAGACUAUCAGGGAUCCAUCCGCUAUGCAUCUUGCUCGGAGCCCUCGGACAUGCGAAACAUUUGGGAGGAGAUCGGCUCUAAUGUAGCUGACGUGGAUCGUGCCAUCAGCGUGCUGAUCUCUGCCGGCACCAGUUCUCCAGCCUUGCGCUCCUGCGCCCAGAGGGGCAUCCAGAUUGCGGGUGCGGCGCAUGCGGAGCUGGCCGUUUGCGUGGUCUUCCUAGGGCCCAUGCUGGUGGUGGCCUUCAGUCAAGUGAUCAUCAUUUCCUGGCACAGGUCAACUUACAAGCCCUGCCUGGUCAUCGAGGCCAUAGGAGUGCUCGCUCGGUUUCUUUUUCUGGUCCUCUUUUAUUUGAGACCUGCUGAUGAGAGAUGCUUCAUGUUGAAAGUGCUCACCAAGUUGAUCACCUGGGUCCUAUUCCCCACGGCCCUCACGGUCGGCAUCCUCGCUGGUCUUGAGAAGACGGAGGAUCCCGUCGGACUCUCCUUGCUGAUGGCCCUGGCCAUUGCGGCGCGGAACGAGGGGACAGAGCUGCUGAGCCUCUUUCACGCCACCUUUAUGCCACUUGGGACGGCAGGCUAUGACCGCACAGGUGGAAGUGGGUGGAAGCGGAAGAGUGUUUGAAUGGAAGGACCCUGGUCCACUGUGACUGUGCACCACUCGACCUGGUUCCCAGUCUCAGUGUGCCAUCUCCUGUGCGUGAACCCACGUUACUUAUUACUGACAGCCUUAGUAUUCAGAUGUGAACCCAUCCCCCACAUCUAUCAAGCCGUUCAAGCCCAAGUUGAAGCCUUAAAUACGCUUGUUGCAUCUUCCCCACAGAGUACCUGGCCCAGUUUUUGGGAUACUGUCCUAGCACGGGUUGCGAAGGACUGUCCACGAUACGGGCUACCCGCUCGCUUUCACAUGUUUACUUCUGUAUCAACUUUUAACACAACCCCUCGAGACAUUGACACAACCCCUCGAGACUUAAAUGACCUCUGUUUACCAAGCAUAUCUUGCUUCAGACUGUUCUGGGAGUUUGGAUCAGGCCACUUUCGCCCUUCCAUUGUUCCCUGUGCCACGAGAAAUCCGCGCAGAGCAAGUUGGGCGAAUCUGGGCAAAUUUGUUGCCAACAUAGUGUCCCUUUCACUUUCGCGAAAUGUCCAUCUACCGUGAAUACUGCCAUGCAACCUUGGUUGCAGUCCCACUUCGGCGACAGUAUUGCAAGUCCUGUAGCUCCCCCAGAACUGACCCUAUUCGGACAUGUCAGCUUCCAAAUAGUGGCAGUGUCAGUCUUCGACAUAUCAAUCUAUGUCUAUAUAUACCUUAUCUAUCCUUAUCUCAUGAAUACAUAAGAAUCAACGGCCCAUCCACCACUGCGAGAUGCUUUCAUAGCACCUUUGUGGUGGCGGCAAUCAUCGCCUGGAUGGGCAUCGAAGGCAUGUUGGCCCUGCCAGGUACGGCGGGUGCGCCUGGGUGGAAGCGGUGGCUGGACCCAGGGAAGGGACGGUGUUGAAAGAUGCAGGAUGUGUAAUGUGUACGAAUUCCUCAUAUAUAAAACAAUGUUCAAGCAUUAUUUAAGAUUUACAACAUAGGUGUUGAUUGUGGAGAGAGAAUCAGAUUGAUUGCUUGUUUAAGUUUUUUUUAAAGUCAAUCUUUAGCAAGGGAGCACGCCUGGGAGUCCAGUGCUUCUGGUAUUUCUAGUAAUCCUCCCCUAUGAAUGAACCAUUUUGCAUCAUCAUGUUGCAUGUCGUAGUUGGCCACAGCUUGACGUGACUCCAGUCUGGCUUGACAGCGCAGGUGGCCCCUGCUUGCUGCAAUGCUUCCUGUCACGACCAGCCGUUUGCUGCUGUGAUUCUCGAGUAGUCGAUGAGUAAAAUGAUG